AAAAAAAAAAACGUUUAAAGCGUUCCACUAUUUUAAUCUAACCAAAUCGAAACAAGAACGUGUGAACGACUCAAAGGUGGGGGAUCCAUGCCGACAUGGUUACGUCGUGGACUCGUGGUCGUCUCACGUGGUAUUUAAUAUAGGACCCACUUGCUUGCGACUCCAUUAAUGGCUCCUCCCUUCCCUCAAUUCUCCCUGAUCUGAGAUUUUACUCACAGUCUCUCAUCGUCUCUUCUUCAGCUCCUCUUCUUCUCUGGUUUUUGGGGGUUUUAAGCAUUUGCAAUGAUGGACCUAACGAAGCUGAAGCCUCCACAGAUCACUUUCUACUGCUCUGCCUUCUCCGUCUUCGUCACGGUUCUGUUGACGUUACAGCUUGUAUCUCAGCAUCUCUCUCACUGGAAGAACCCCAAGGAGCAAAAGGCGAUCCUCAUCAUUGUUCUCAUGGCUCCUAUCUACGCCGUUGUCUCCUUUGUUGGGUUGUUAGAUGUCAAAGGAAGUGAAAUCUUCUUCCUCUUCCUUGAAUCCAUCAAAGAAUGCUACGAAGCACUCGUCAUUGCUAAGUUCUUGGCGUUGAUGUAUAGUUACUUGAACAUUUCUAUCAGCAAAAACAUUGUCCCUGAUGGAAUCAAAGGAAGAGAGAUUCACCAUUCUUUUCCUAUGACUUUCUUCCAGCCUCAUGUAGUUCGUCUGGAUCAUCGAACUCUUAGACUUUUGAAAUACUGGACGUGGCAAUUCGUGGUCAUCAGACCCGUGUGCUCCAUCUUGAUGAUAGCUUUACAAAUCAUCGGGUUUUAUCCUUCUUGGUUGAGCUGGACGUUCACUAUCGUUCUCAACCUCUCUGUCUCUCUGGCGCUUUAUUCACUUGUGGUAUUCUACCACGUGUUUGCUAAGGAGCUUGCUCCUCACAAUCCACUCGCAAAGUUCCUCUGCAUCAAAGGGAUUGUCUUCUUCUGCUUCUGGCAGGGGAUAGCACUAGACAUUCUGGUGGCAAUGGGAGUGAUCAAGUCUCACCAUUUCUGGUUGGAGGUGGAACAGAUCCAGGAAGCUAUUCAGAAUGUGUUGGUAUGUUUAGAGAUGGUUAUCUUCGCUGCGGUUCAGAAGCAUGCUUAUCAUGUUGGUCCUUAUAGCGGAGAGACCAAGCAGAAACUCGAUAAAAAGACAGAGUGAUAUCUUGUCCCCCCCCGGUUAGAACGGGAAAUCGACUGGUUUUUUUGUUCAGGUGUUUUGGAGACUUGAAACUUUUGCUUGUCACGAUUGGGAUAAGAGACGAUAAAAUAAUGUUUUGAGAUAUCAUCAUCAGACAAUAAUGUUAAAAGUUAAAACCACCACACUAUUUUCUCAA